UUGUCACUCCAUCUCUACAACACAAUGGCUCCCAAACGCAAGCGGGCUGGUACCGUUGGCUCCAAUGCCGCCGUCGAAACGAACAACGACCUUCCGAUCAAGGACGCGUCCGGAGAGGACACCACUCAACAAACACCCCAGAGCCUCAAGACGUCCAGAUCGCAGGAAAAUGACCAAGAUCUGCCUAACAAGCGAUCUCGCUCGGAAAACAACACCCAGGAUGAUGAUGAAGAGGAAGAGCAGGACCUUGGUGUCAAUGGUGAAGCUGGCACCAUGAAGAUGGAAGCUCCUCCCAAGGCUGGCUUGGUUGAUCCCGUCGGCUACAAGACCAACCCUCCUCCUGAAGGUCGCCCUGUACGCAUCUACGCCGACGGUGUCUUCGAUUUGUUCCACAUGGNNGCUGCUAGACACAUGCGCCAGCUCCAACAAGCCAAAACCGCCUUCCCCAACGUACAUCUUCUCGUUGGUGUCACCGGCGACAAAGAGACCCAUCGCCGCAAGGGUCUGACAGUGCUGAGCGGAAAGGAACGCGCCGAGACUGUGAGACACUGCAAAUGGGUCGACGAAGUCAUAGAAGACUGUCCCUGGAUUGUCGAUGUCGAGUUCCUCGAGAAGCAUGAGAUCGACUAUGUCGCUCACGACGACAUUCCCUACGGCGCCGACGAGGGCGACGACAUCUACAAGCCAGUCAAGGAAAAGGGCAUGUUCCUGGUUACUCAGCGUACUGAGGGCGUCAGCACCACUGGAAUCAUCACANAACUCAAACGUGGCACCACUCGCCAAGAGCUCAACAUUUCGUGGCUUAAGAAGAACGAGCUCGACAUCAAGCGCCAUGUUGCCGAGCUGCGCGACUCGAUCCGCACAAACUGGACCGCAACUGGUCAAGAGCUCGGCAAGGACCUCCGACAAUUCUGGCAGCCCAGCAGACCCAAUAGCCCGGCCCGCGGCCUUUCGACUCCCGAUCGCCUUGGCUAUAACUUGCGCCAGGGCGCAUCGAGAGGCAGCAACAGCGAUUUUGCCGCCGGUUACACUAUGGGUCUUCUCGGCAGCGUUCGCAGCUGGAUGCAACGCAACCGCAGAACUCUCAGCGACGGCAGACCCGAUAGCCCUGAUAGCGGCGAGGAUAGCUCCGACUUGCUGAGAAGUCCUGCCGAGCCGGCUAGAGGCCGCCCUGGUGGCCACGUUCAAGACGAAGUGGAUGCGCAGGUCACCCAUGAGAUGAACUAG